GUAAGGAGAGAGAAAAGGGGAGAGGAGGGCAAUAGCUCAUUAACAGAARCUCUGUAUAUGUGCAUUCUGCUAUUUGCCACAUGUCUACAAGGGAGUUUCUUCAGAGUGCAAAGAAAUCUGUGAACUCCUGGAAUAUUAUAAGUCUUUCCUUGAGAUGUCAGCCAAGAGCUUCAGUAUAGUCACCGUGGCUACUGUGCUUACUUUCUUCCUAAAGAUACAGCUCUCAAUGCAAGCGCCGUUGAAUGGGUCAAAAUGGUCUUAUAUUGGUCCUGAUGGAGAGAAGGCCUGGCCAAAGAAAUACCCAUUUUGUGGAGGAGUAUUCCAAUCACCAAUUGAUUUCCACAAAGAUAUUCUCCAGUAUGAUUCUAAUCUCUUGCCUUUAGAGUUCAUUGGCUAUAACGUGCCCUCCACUGACCAGUUUACRUUGAUCAAUAAUGGCCAUUCAGUGAAAAUGUAUCUGUCACCUACGAUGUCCAUCAGAAACCUCCCAUUUGAAUACACUGCAUCUCAACUUCACCUGCACUGGGGAAACAGAAACAAAUCUGAAGGCUCUGAGCACACCGUCAGUGGGAAGCACUUUGCAGCAGAGCUGCAUAUUGUACAUUACAACUCUGAGAAAUACCCUGACAUAACAGCAGCAAUGGACAAAGCAGAUGGACUGGCAGUUUUGGCUGUUCUGUUUGAGAUCGGACCCUUCAACCCAUCCUACGAGAAGAUCUUCAGGCACUUCCGGAAUGUGAAAUACAAGGAUCAGAAGGUCCUGGUGCCUGGUUUCGAUAUUCAAGAAYUGCUUCCUGACAGACUGGAUGAGUAUUAUCGCUAUGAAGGAUCCCUGACAACUCCUCCCUGCUACCCAAGUGUUCUCUGGACAGUUUUCCGACACCCCGUUAAAAUUUCUCAAGAGCAGUUACUGGCACUGGAAACAGCCAUGUACUGCACAGAGAGUGAUGACCCAGAACCCCUGGAAAUGGUUGAUAACUUCAGAAAUGUUCAGGAAUUCCAUGAAAGACUGGUUUUUAUCUCCUUCCGUGAAGGUUUUGUGGUUUCUGUUAUGAUAGUGUGCAUUCUGGGAGCUCUCAUCAUUCUCACAGUAGCCUUCUGCCUACUGAAGAAGAAAAGCUGCAAAAAAAGAGGGGAAGACAACAGAGGAGUCAUCUACAAACAAAGUAUGUACACAGAGGAAGAAGACAUCUCCAAAAUUUGAUGCCCUGCUCUGUCACAAAAGCCUCUUUCCAUUCAUAGCACUGAUUUAUUUUGGAUUGGUGAAACACAUCUCUUGUUCUUGGCUAAUGAUAAGCCUCAAGAGAGUUCUAAAAACACACCAGCCAAAAGCUUUCUGUAGCCCUUGUUCUCUUGUUUUCCAGGGAGAUAUGAUCAGUGAAUCCCCCUGAGCUGAAUUCCUCACCACAUUCUUUUCAUGUCUGCUGCCUUCUGAGUCUGGGUGUUUCAAUUGAUUUUACAGUUAAUCCUAAACUCCAGUUUCAUGGUUUGUUUAGCACAGGUUUUCCCACAGGUAUUCAGAUCUGAAGACACUCAUCAAGCUACAAGCACUCUUCCCUGUUAAAACAAGUUAUUUGUUUUAGCAGCAGGAAUAUAAACAAGAUAAAGGGCAGACUGUAUUUGACAUCAGAAUUYGAACCGGGUUGUUCAGCAGAUACAGUUUUUAAAAGCACAGGCAUGUGAUGCCASUGCAUCCACCAGUGGAAUUGUAAUAUUAGAGGAAAAGACAAGUGUAAAUGCAAUGAAAGCCACAUGGAUUAUUAACGGGGUUCAAGCCCAGGAACUCAGUGCUGAGAAAACACUACUGCUAGAGGAAAAGCUCACUUUCCAGCUAUUAUACAGCCUCACAAAUCUGUUAAGGAAGUCAGCCCCUGACUGUCCMUGGAAUUAGAGAAGAAGAUUGUCUUUUUAUCCUGCUCUUAUUUAUAGUGUGUGUAUGAAUGAUGUGAAGAUAACGUAGUUGCUGCUGCUUUUAAGCAGACUUGUCAUUUAAUCAUGAAAUCMUGAUAGAUAUUACAGUAUAUAUUAYWGCUGCAAUUACACAGUAGAUGUUUUCUCUGAUUCAGUUCUCUUAGUAAUCUGAUUCCUAGAAAGAAAUCUAAAUUAUCUUUUCGAACUUCAUAAGUUAGAUACCUGAGUCUUAUUAUGUAUUUUCGAAAGUGACCAGCAUAAACCUUAUUCCACAAUGUGGAAUGCCACUGACUUCAGGAACAAAAAGGUGUAUCCAGCCUACCCCAAAUUCCUCUUGAAUCUGACAUCUACAGUGGGGACCUGAAAUGCUUGUACUUCAGCAUCCAUGCAGGCAGUGAUAGGCCUCAGGAUUAUACCUACAUUAACUUCCGGUCUGAAUGCUUCUAAACACUACCGGGGAAAUUUCAAUUUGAACUUUAUACUUAGAUCCCUUUUAUAUUCGAUUGCAGCACCACCACAUCUGUGAUUUUAGAGAAAUAAACUCCUAUUGUAUGUGUUUCCUCCUUUCAAGAUGGUGGAUGCAGACUAUUUCAGCACAGAGUGUUUUAGAUUCUUCCCCUUCCAUCCCCAAGAAAAUUGUGUGAUGUUGAACUGUUUGAAAUUACUUUAAAAGAAUUUGUGUAUUUUAUGGAACAUUACUUACUCUUUGAAUAAAGGUGUUUAAAGACAAGAUUACAUAAUAAAUUUUUAUUUCUUCUAGAAGAGUAACAUUUUAUCAUGUAUUUCAACUUUUACCUCAGCUGAUUAGAAACAUCCAUCAAUCACUCUUUUUCAUGUAGCAUCCUUGACACCUGUAAAAAAAAACCAAAAACAUAAAACCUCAGCAGGGCAGACAUGCUUACUGUGAAGAAAAUCUCACAGUACCAGCAAAGGAAACAUAUUAAACACAUUUGACAGAAAAUGGCUCCUUCAGAAUUGUUUCUUAAGCAAAAGAACAAACUGAAGAGGAAUUCACACAAAUCAURUUCCUGCUACUCCCACUUAUAACACUCUCUAAUUUCAUGGAGGCUACCUAUAAAAUCCAUGCUGCCUUUGAAAAKGCAAGCAUAUGGGAAUUAUUGUUUUUCUUUAAUAUUGUAUUACCAGUUUGCACUGCCAGUGGUCCCUAAGCUGAAAGAAUCUAAGCCCAUAUGUUUUCUGGUCUCUGUAGCUACUGUCAUUUAAUAAAG